AUGGAAGAGCACAAAUGGCUGUACCUACGUUCGUUCAUCUCCCGCAAUCCCCAACAUCAUUUGGAGGACUACAUCAAGGCGAUGGAGGGAAUGGAGGAUAAAGCGAGAAGUUGCUACUCCGACAAUAUCGGUCUCCAAGUGGGCAAAGAGUUUGUGAAAAUGAUGGUGCUUGAUGCUUGCUUCAUUGUCGAGUCCUUUCUCAGGUUCACUAAUACGAUCGACAAUAUACUGAAGGAGCUCGAGCAAAAAGAGGAGCUCGAGCAAAAAGAGAACGAGCUCGAGCAAAACGAGGACCUCGUUUCUCUUUCUGCAAUGGAUUUCUUUCGCCAUCAUGAAGAGUUCGAAGACCCGAUACUUGAUUCGAUUGAGAUGGCGUCCCUUAUAAAGUAUGAUAUGCUCCUCCUUGAAAAUCAAAUUCCUUUCUUCGUUCUGCAGCGUAUUUUCAUAAUGGCUUGUCCAGUGAACGUACCACAUUUACUCGAGAAGAAGGCCCUUCGUUUCUUCGAUCCAUUCAUUCCUAAGAAUAAGAAAAUCGAGAUCAAAGAUAAUUCCAACUAUCAUCUGCUCCAUUUGUGCCACUCGCAUUUGUUACCAACCCCAACUAAUAGCAAGGAGGAGCCCAACCUUUCGUGCAAUCCUAAAAUCAAAUCCGUCCUCAACAAGUACUUGAAGAAUCUACUCAUCAUCUUCCUCCCAUGUUCAAAUGAGUCCACGUUGCCUAUUACUAAACCGAAACUGAAACCGAAACCGCUGCAGAAGUUCCCUUGCGCGACUGACCUCCAACUUGCGGGGGUCAAGUUCAAGAAGAAUAUUGAGAAAUCGAAUACCAUCUUGAACGUGAAAUUUAGCUACGGGGUGUUGGAAAUCCCGCCCUUGUUGAUACAUUACAACAGCGAGACUAUCUUUCGGAACCUCGCAGCAUUCGAACAAUGCUGCCUACAACCAAAAAUCCACGUUUUCAUGACUUACCUUUUUUUCAUGACUUUCCUUCUCAAUACGUCCAAGGUAACAGCUUUUUGUAUAUUUCAAAUUCUGUAUAUAUUCUGUGUAUCUUUACAAAGAAAAACAGCCUAUUUAACAACGUUACAAGGGAUCAUAUAUGGUUAUACAGAGAUUGCGCCUAAAUAG